GCAACAGUUUCAAAGCCGGAGAGAGACGCUCACACACAGAGAGACUCACAGACCGAGAGAGAGCAGGAGUUUCGUAACUUGGGGAAGUUUUCCGUGUCCAUCGAUCACUGGACCUAGUCUGGUUGUUUUUCUGAUGUCAGUGACAGAGCGGAGCGUCGCCUGCGCCACUUUUUCAACCGAGCUGCUUAUUUGACUUUGACUGUUUUUGUGCCGUCCAGCAAGGCAGCUGUGACACUACCGUCUCUCCUCAAGGAAUAGACCGAGUGCUUCAUCUGAGAAGAGCCUGGCCUGAGCAGCCAUGCUGAUGUAUGAUUACCCUCUGAAAACAGACAUGGAGACGUCCUUCUACUCAUCGUUGGUGAAAACCCCGGAGCCGUAUGGAGUCAUCUUCUCCCAUCCCGCCCACCUCUACCACCCCUCACCCAUGAACGCCUUCGCCCAGUCCCACACCCAGCUGGAGCCUGUGGACCUGUCAGUCAGCAAGCGCUCCUCCUCCUCCUCCUCCUCCUCUUCCUCCUCCCCCCCCUGCUCCUCCGCCUCCUCCCCCGCCUCCUCCUCACGCAGCUCCCCACCGUCCCCCUACAGCUCAGCAAGUCGUGCAUCCCCACGCUGCUCCCCCCCACACUCCCAGCUGCGCUCUUCGCCCUCCCACAGUCUCCCGCCACCCACUCCCUCUCUUCCUUACCCCACCAUGGUAGCUCCGCUGAUCAGCCCAGGAUCUGGAGUCAUUCAGAGCUCAGGGGUGAUGGUGUCACCAGUGAUGGUGCCUCUGUCUGUCCUCUACCCUUCACCUCUUCACCUGCACCAACAAAUCAUGGUGAGCCCACCUGUCUCCAGCGAGGAUGAGCAUCUUCGAAGCAGAGAGCACAAGACAGUUCACUCUACGAAGCCCCUGGAGCUUCGAGGCGACACCCACGACCUGCACAGGCCAAUCAAAACAGAGCCCCGCCCUGAGCUAGCUCAUGACCUCCAGAGCAGCCAUGAGAUGAAAUCAUCAGUCAUCAGGAUACCACACGAAUACGGUGGUAACAAUCCCUCGGUAAUCGUCCACUCAGGCACACAUCAUCCUCUCCCCUCCGACUCACCUGACUCGCUGAAAAAGCGACGAAUUCACCGCUGCGACUUCUCCGGCUGCAACAAAGUGUACACUAAGAGCUCCCACCUCAAAGCACACCGCAGGACACACACCGGCGAGAAACCAUACAAGUGCAUGUGGGAGGGCUGCACAUGGAAGUUUGCACGUUCAGACGAGCUGACGAGACACUUCCGCAAGCACACAGGAGUCAAACCAUUCCAGUGCCCCGACUGUGAGCGCAGCUUCUCCCGGUCAGAUCACCUGGCACUGCACAAGAAACGCCACCUCCUGGUGUGAAGCACCUCAACAGGGAAACUUGAGAGGAACUUGGUGCUGGUUUCAGCAUAGGACUGUACCACUUUGAGUUGAGGGGAGAUUUUAAAGAGCUGGCCUUUUACAAUGGGCGGUGUUCCUCAGGGUUCAAGUCAAAGACCCUUCCACCUCAUUAGCUUGAGUGUGAGCUGGUGGCGGUUUAUCAAAGCAUCACAUCAUUUGCCUGUUUCUGAUCAUAUCUGUAGUUCUGUAAUCUUGAUAGAAAUAAGGUUGUUGAACCAGAUCUCUGUUCAGCUGAGGAAGAUCCAGACAUUUUUUUUUUUUUUAAGAGGCUGCAGAAUCUCAGCCGGCCUGAGAGCAGCACCCUCUUGCAGCUGCACAACCAAACUGCAUGUACACCUGCACAGGUCAUGCUCAAGCUUCCUCUUUUUUGCAACAUCACCUCUCAUUUUCUGCAUGCAAGUAAAGAUUGUGGACUUAAAACACAUGUUAUUGCUAGCUAGGCCAAUAUAAUGUGAAUCUUUGCAGAAUGUAUCGUAUCACACAUACUGUACAUCACAUCAUACAAUGUUAAGCUUUCCUUCCUGAGCUGCCAGUCACAUAACGCUAAUGCUAACCCCUCCACCACAGCACCACACACCUCAUCUGCCUCUAGAAGCUUAUUUCAUGAAGAUACAAUAAAAAACAGGCAGCCAAAGCUUGCUUUAUCUUGUAAAUAAAUGCACACUUUAAGGCACACUCGGCAGAAAACAUGCACUUAAUUAAAGCAGGUCAUCCUCAGUCUGGUGUGCUUUGGUAUUAGGUGGUAAAAAAUGCUUGGGAGGGGGGAACUCUGGGAGUUUGCACUGUCAGAGUGAAGUGUUUUUUGUGUUUUCAUUGAGAAAUGUGAAGGUUGCUGCACAGGGGCAUUAUUUUUUAGUGAGGAAAAGACACCACUCUGUUGGUUUAAGGGUAGAAGCAAUGAAAUAUCUUAUGUCUUAUAUCGAAUAAAUGUACCUAUAUGAGUUAUUGUUUGGUUUGUGAUGUGACACCAUAGUAGCCUUUUUUUUAAUUGUAUGACACUUUUAUACAGGAAAAACACAAAGUCUAAAGCAGGGAAAUUUGCUCUUCAGUUUUUGUGUAUCCAGGGCAGAUGAGUGUUAUUUGAAUGUUCCUUUAAAAUCUGUAAUUGAUAUAAAUAUAUAAAAAUUGUGUUAAACUCAUCAGUUACUUUAUCAAAGGUCAUAAGUAAAAAAGGAAACAACUAACUGUUAUUCUCUCUUAUAAACCAUCACAAAUCUAGAACAUAACUUUCUAUUUUCACAGCUACAUGGAGAACAAAAACAAAAGAAAAUGUUUAUAGCGUCUUUGUACAUGUCUAUAAUGUGCACUUUAUGUAUAAAACAUUCCCAAAGCCAAUCUUUUUGAUCACACAAGUUUCACUCACAGAUCUGCUGGUCAGUUGGAUAACAAGAAAAAUGCCUUAACAGGGGUCUUGGUUUUUUUAAUUUUGUCAUCGUAUAAUGCCAGGAAAUCUUUUAUUCACAUCUUACAUGCACACACAGAGUUGGACACAAAAUCACAAACUCACCGAAUGUAGCAGCUCAACUGAUCUGCAUUUACCCUUGGGUAUUCUUUGCGGUUUUGCUUGUAAAUGUUUUAUAUCUCUGAAAUAUAAGUGGUAAUAUAUAUAUUUUAUAAUUAAUUAGACUGAAAGGGCAGUUAAAGGUUUUUAUUCAGCAUGAUUUUGAUACUCUUCUAAUAAUGGAUAUUAUACAUUUCUAUUAUGUUUUUUAAUCUAUUUUGGCAAUUCAAAGGGAACAUGUUAAACUGUGAACAUAUAUAACUGUACAGAUCUAUCCGCAAGUUUGCAUUUAUUUUAAAACAGAAUAUUCAUACCACUUAAUAAACCUAUUCAUAAUA